AUGGUGCCCAUAUGGUUCCUGGGAAUGUCCCUCGCUGGAUUUCUCCUUACUGAGAUCAUUGGGGUUCCAGCAGAUUCCAAGAAACCCCUGGGAAGUCAGUUCCAGCAAAAUGCUUUGCAGGAAGCUGUCAAUAUGAUCAGCAAGUUUUAUAAAGAGUUCAGUGAUGGUGAAGGAAAUAUUAAUAAAGCAACACCAGUGCCUUUAGAACUCCAAAACUUCUUCAAGCAGUUAGCAAACAAGAAACAGCAUGCUUCUGAUUCAGAAGCCUUAAGAAUCAUCCAACAACAUGUGCUCUUACACCAUCCCCAGUGGUCAUUCAACAUAUCAGACCCUUUAACCUUGCCUGACCUUGAUGAUCUGAUGCAUACUGUAGAGCAUUCAGCAGUUGUUCAAACCUCUGUCUGCAAGAAAGACUGCUGGUCCAACCGUUAUAGAUCCAUCAGUUCCAAGUGCAACAACAGGAGGGCUCCUCACCUGGGGGCAACUAAUACCCCUUAUGCCCGUUGGCUUCCAGCUCAAUAUGAGGAUGGAUUUGCACUUCCAAAAGGUUGGAUUGAAGGGAAACUGUAUUCAGGAUUUCCUCUGCCAUUGGCCCGAGAGGUUUCCAAUAAAAUUCUGAAAACAAGUAUUAAAGACAUAAUUGAAGAUCCCGAAUGGACUCAGCUUUUUAUGGAAUGGGGGCAGUGGAUGACUCAUGAUAUGAGUUUAAUCCGCCCAUCUCAGGAUCUUGAAGUGUCCAGUAUUGGCAUCCACUGUGAAAGAUCUUGUGUGCAAAGAAAUCCUUGUUUCCCCAUCAAGCUACCACAUGAUGACCCACGGAAUACAGACACUCAUCCGUGCCUGCCCUUCAUCCGAUCAGCUCUUGUGUGCUGCUCAGGGUUUUUGGGCCCGAAUAGAUGUGACCAGAUCAAUAUGCAGACAUCCUACAUUGAUGCCAGCAGUAUUUAUGGUAACACGGAGCACCAGGAAAAGAGACUCAGAGAUUUCACCAGUGACCUGGGCCUGUUGAAGGUCAAUCCCACCUUUACGGACAACAACCUGAAAUACCUGCCCUUUGGAAACCCUGAACAGGAAAGCCCUUGUGCCAUGAACCACAACAGUUCAUCUUGCUUUAGCCGAAGUGUUCCCUGUAUGUUAGCUGGCGAUAACCGUGCAAAUGAAAACCUGGGAUUACUCAGCUUUCAUACAUUAUUCCUUCGGGAGCACAAUCGUUUGGCGAGAGAGCUGAAGAAGUUGAAUCCACACUGGAGUGGAGAAACAAUCUACCAGGAGGCGAGGAAAAUCAUGGGAGCAUUUCAACAGAUAAUAAAUUACAGGGAUUAUGUUCCCCUAGUAAUUGGUAAGGAUGCAACAGGAAAAUAUCUCCGUCAAUACCAAGGCUACAAUGCAUCAGUAGAUCCCAGGGUCUCUAAUGUUUUCGCUACAGCUGCAAUGCGCUUUGGGCAUGUCACGAUUCAGCCAACCAUGAAACGUUAUAAUGAAAGAUACCAGGAGGACCCGAGGUAUCCCAGCAUGCUCCUGCAUGACACCUUUUUUGCUACAGGGAAUUUACUUGAGAAAGGUGGAAUUGACCCAAUCAUUCGAGGCUUGUUUGGUUACCCUGCCAAAUUGCAGUCCCAAAGCUCCAUGAUGCCAGAUGAACUUCGUGAGAAGUUGUUUGUACCACCACACCACAUAGGGCUGGACCUGUCUGCCAUAAACAUACAGCGCUCUCGAGACCAUGGGCUUCAUGGUUAUAAUGCGUGGCGCAGGUUCUGUGCACUUUCUGAGCCCCAAAAUAUUUUGGAUCUUUCUCGUGUCCUUAACAAUGUGGAACUUGCAACUAACCUCCUUAAGUUGUAUGGAAGUCCAGACAACAUUGAUGUGUGGGUGGGGGGCAUCUCAGAACCAUUCAUGGAAGGUGGCAGGGUCGGUCCUCUGUUUGCCUGUUUGAUAGGACAACAAUUCAAGAACCUGAGAGAUGGAGACAGAUUUUGGUGGCAGAACAAAGACGUUUUUACUGCCAACCAGCAGCAGGCUCUUCAACAAAUUUCAUUCCCCAGAUUGAUCUGUGAGAACACCAAGAUUGAAGACCUCCCGCAGGAUGUGUUUAGAUACAGGCCAUUCCCAAAAGGAUAUGUCAAAUGCAACCACAUUCCACGGGUAGAUCUGAGUGCCUGGAAAGAGAGCACUAAUGUAAUCCCCUGUGGCUCUAUCCCCAUUGUUGCUGAUGCCCAUUUCUCACUGUGUAAAUCUUUGGUCAGAUACACCUGUAAUUCAGGGUUCAAGUUGAUGGGAAAGGAUACCAUAAAAUGUUUGAAUAAUGGCCAGUGGAGCUCUGCACCACCUAGGUGUACAGACAUUUCUAGAAACUUGAAAGGAAUAACAGAUUUCAAAGAAGGUAAAACAGAACCUCGAUCAGUGGAAUCCAAAGGAGAAGCAACAAAUAUAGAUUUUUUUGAAGAUGGCUCAAAAGUUGAUGCUUGGACUACAGCCCGAGGCCAAAAUGAUUCUUAA